AGAAAGUGCUCAUAGUUUUGGAUAUAGAGGAGGAGUGUGAAGCAGCUGAGCCGGGGCUUGACGGUUUUGGGGUCACCACCACUUUUGAAAGUUUGUCUCGAGUGUUUCCUGGAGUCUCCAAACUAUUUGCCUGCCUCUUUUGUUUACGUUUCACGGUACAGCAGAAGUGUAUGCGUUUAUCAGUCAUUCACCGCACCACGCUCUUCAGCUUGUUGGGCUGGUGUCCACAGAUUCGGUCCAUUGAAUAGAAUGUUACCGAGCCAGGUAGGAUCAGCACCAUCUGGAAACGGGUCAUCUUCUAACAGAGGAACCGCGGGACACUGUUCGGGGGUUGUCGGAGGCGGAGUCCGUCCAGUUUUAGUCAGAGCAGUGCAAGGUUUACCGGGGGUCAGCAGCGAGAGCCUAGAGGUGCGACAAGGGGACAGAAACGGCAACAGGAUGCUUGGAGCUAAUGGUCCAGGUGGUCCAAAAGGUGCACGGCCGGGAAACGGCACAGGGCUGACUACUCUGCAGACCGCUGUCCAGGGAAACAUGGUGGGCUUAAAUGCAGGGGUCGUCUUACCUCACGGAGCCCGGUUCGACAAUGAGAGAGAGAACGCUCCGCUGUGCAGCGGCUCGGACAUUGACUCGGACUCCGGGGAUGAUGAUGACCCAGUGGGUUCACUUGGGGACAGCAGGAGAGGGGUUAAGCGAGAGAGGGGAGAGAUGGAGGCUGCGGUGGUGGGACAGGAGGUUGGCGUUCCACCGGGAGGUUACGGCAUUGUGCCCGGCGGGGUUGUAGGUGCAAAGCCGGGAAAGAAGACACGGGGGCGCGUGAAGAUAAAGAUGGAGUUUAUUGACAAUAAGUUGAGACGGUACACGACAUUCAGCAAGAGGAAGACGGGUAUUAUGAAGAAGGCGUACGAGCUCUCUACACUGACAGGAACCCAGGUUUUAUUGCUUGUGGCAAGUGAAACAGGCCACGUUUACACAUUUGCCACUCGCAAACUUCAGCCGAUGAUCACCAGUGAGACGGGCAAAGCCUUGAUCCAAACAUGCCUCAACUCACCGGACUCCCCUCCACGGUCAGACCCCUCCACAGACCAGAGGAUGAGUGCUACAGGCUUUGAGGAGACAGACCUCACCUAUCAGGUGUCAGAGUCUGAGAGCAUGGGUGACACUAAGGAUACACUGAAGCCAUCGUUAACGGUAGCCAAUCUACCAGGCACUGCCAGCAGUGGUCAGUCAACAGUACCCACCACCUCCACCACCAUGCAGGUUAGCAGCGGACACUCAUUUCCUGUAACCAACUACUUGGCACCAGUCUCGGCCAGCAGCAACGUCAGCGCCAACAGUACCGUCCUGAAGGCUGCUGGUGCCUCCACAGGAGUCAUGCAGCUGCCCAGUGGGUUCACUUUCAUGCCUGCAGGCACUCCUCUUCCUCCUGGCACCCCUGCCAUUCCUCUGAGCCAGCUGCAGCAGCACUCCCUCACCCUCCAGGGGCAGCAUGGUCAGACGCUGGCUGCCGCCCAGCAGCCUCAGCAGGGACAGCAGGCUGUCUUCCGCUUUCCUGCUGCUGUCUCUCUCACAGGAGCAGGCGUUCCUCAGCAGCUCCAGGCCAUCCAGGUCCACCCCAACACCCAGUCCUCUAACAAUGACAACAGCCAAGACAUCUCCACUAACUCCACUGCCAGUCUCCCAGCAACCAUCGUCACUUCGUCAGUCCCAACGUCUGUGGCGGGUCACAUGAUGUACCACAGCCCCCACGCUGUCAUGUACGCCUCUACGCCCACUUUAGCUGACGGAGGGCUGGCAGUGCUCAACGCCUUCUCCCAGGGCACGUCAGCCAUGCAGAUGUCCCACUCACAGGGCCAAGAUGCGGGUGCCGUCCCUCAGGUGUUCCUCGCUGCACCUCCAGGCACUGUCCAGAUCCCCGUCUCCGCCGUGCAGCUACACCCAGUACGGCAAGAUCUGCAUUAUACAAAUGGUGAUUGGGCAGCAGUCGAGCGGCAGCAGCAGUAACCUGACAGAGCUGCAGGUGGUCAACCUGGACGCCACACACAACUCCAAGAGCGACUGACAGGGACUGACGGAGGGAGCGUUGUAACACAGUACACCCAGGGACACACACACACGUACAUACAUACAUGUACAUCGUUUCAUUGAUGCCUUCCUAAUGACCUUAUACAAAGUUAUAUAUAUAUAAAUAUUUUUUAUAUAUUUAUAUGUAAUAUAUAUAUAACAUAUAAAUACAUGAAAUGCAUCUAUUUAUAUAUGUAUAUAUGUAAACGUACAUAUAUACGUAUAUAUGCAUGUAGGUAUAUAUGUACAUAUGUGUGUAUAUGUAUAUAUGUACAUAUAUGUUACAUUAUCCCAAAUGCAUAGGAAAUGGGAAAACACCCUGUAUUUUUGAGUGCGUGUUUGUGUGUGUGUGUGUGUUUGUGUGUUAUUUUACACGUUUGGUGUCAGAGGUUCACACCAGCCAAAGAGACAUGAGUGUGUCAGAAUGUUCCAGUGUGAGCUGUUUGUGCAGGAGCCUUUGCGUCUGUGUGUGACUUUAAAAACACUUGUUGACUUAAAAAAUGUACAUACUUUUUUUUUUUAUUAUUAUUAUUUUUAAGCGACAACUUGUAUUAUUUUUUUUUAGCCUGGUUUAGUUUUGGCAACAGCAUGUAGUUGUUUUUUUAUGUUUUUGUUUCUUUGGCUUUUAUGUAUGUACAUGAAAAUGAUUUGCAUAAGGAAAGUUAUUUACAUGUUCAUGUAAAUUAAUUUAAUAUACCAUUUAUGAUGUUGAC